AUGAAGCUUUGGGCGCUCACCACUUGCCUGCUAUUCAUCCUGGGAUCAUGCGAUGCCGCAUUCACUGACUCCGAUCUUGAAUCGAGGGCCCUAGGUCUUUCAGACAUUCCAGCAUGCGGUAUCAAGUGCAUGAUCCAGACUGUCCCAGCGAGUGGGUGCAGUUUGACCGAUGUCGAUUGCGUAUGCCAUAACGACAAACUCACGCUCACACUGUCAGCGUGCAUGCUCGCGAAUUGCACUAUGUCGGACACUCUUGGAUCUGUCAAAGUACAGUCUGACCUUUGCGGCUUCUCUCAAGCAUCGAAGCGGACCGAGAUGUUCAUGUACACGGGCAUCAUAUAUCCUCUGGCAAUCUUGCUCGUCGCGCUUAGGAUUGCUGGCAAGAUUGUGUCGAAACAUAUUUCCAUGGAUGACUGGCUUGUUGUGGCAGCUCUGCUACUUCUCGCACUGCCCGUUGGCUGCGUCUUAGAAAUGACCAAGAUUGGCUUUGGCAAGCACCUGUGGAAUCUCGAAGAUGGGGAAUUGCUGCAGAUCUUGCGCUUCUUCUGGGUAGCACAAUCCUUCUAUGUGCUCGUCCUUGCAAUGAUCAAAGUCUCCUUGGUCUUCUUCUACCUCGAAAUCUUCACGACCAGACAAUUCCGAGUGGCUGCCUACAUUGUCCUCACCUACAUCGUCGUCAACAGUCUGGUUAUAUUUUUCUUGACAAUCUUCUCUUGCACUCCCAUCAGUGGGUUUUGGGAUCGCGACGUCAAAGCAAAGUGCUUAGAUGUGCAAGCGCUUGCCUAUGCCAAUUCGGGGUCCGCCAUCCUGCAAGACCUUAUCCUCUUGAUACUACCAAUGGUCUUCAUCCGUAACCUGCAGAUGAAGCGUUAUCGCAAGAUUGCCGUUGGGUUAAUGUUUGCAUUUGGCACAUUCGGCUGCGUUGCCACUAUUGUACGCCUCCGGACAUUGCUCAGUUUUAGGAUAUCCCUUGACCCCACUUGGGACUACGUCCCAGUAACCAUCUGGACUGAGCUCGAGCUCGCUGCAGGGUUUGUGUGCGUUUCAAUGCCGUCCAUUCGAAUUCUCAUUAUGAAAGCCGUACCAGUCCGCGUCAGAGAGUUCUUGUCGCACGUCACACAAUCUUCGCGCAGUCGCAGCCGCAGCAAGUCAUCUUCAAAACCAAGCCAACAACGCGAAUGGAAGAAGCCUUCUUCGUGGAUGACCCUCUCGCACGACGCCAAUGGCAGUGUUCAUGGCUCCAGCAAAGGAACAAACAUAGACAGCCUUUGGUCGCAAUACUCUCUAGCGCCAACUGAUCACCAGCACCUGCGCUCGAACUCCCAUCGCCUGGACUCUACUUUGAGCAAUUACUCUGAACCCAAAGUUUCUGUAAUAAGACCACCGUUCAGCGAGAAGCGAUUAGAUUCUAGACACGAGCAAAUGGAGCUACUGAGAGUUCCCAAAUCUCCUAGGACCGCGAGGCAGUCAAUGAAGAGCGAGGCGAGCCGGGACAGCAGGAUCACAGCACUGCCGUCGAUGACUCAGAUUGGCUUACUACCAGACGGGUCGUUCUCGGAUGAUGAUGUCAGAAAGAAGACCAUGAAAGGUUUUGGCCGAACUUGGAGUAGAGAAAAUCAUCGAUAA